UGACCUAAUAAAAAUAACCUAAAAUCACAGUGCAACAUAGGAAUCACAAACCACAAUGCCACUGUGUAUUGUAACAAAUUGCAAAAAUCGGACGGCAAGUCGUCCGAUUUUAGGAGAAAAUAAGAAAAAUAAUAAUAUAUCAUAUCACAGAUUUCCAAAGAAUGAAAAAUUAAAAAUGUUAUGGUUGGACAUCUUAAAGCUAAAUAUGGAGUCAGUUCCACCUGGAGCUAGAAUUUGCUCCGCACAUUUUAGCAAAGAUGCUUUUGAUUUGUCAUCUAAUACGAAAAGACUUCGACCAAAUACACUACCGAACACAGAACACGUUGCAGUAGAUGCAGUAGGAAAUGUGGUUGCACAUGUUUCAAAAAAUUUUUAUACAACUUCUAAAAUAGAUAGAGCUACAUCUCCUAUCUCUGGAAGCAGUCAUUUUGUAGAUCAGUCAACAAGUAUGUCUCCACAGAGAGAAGAUGACUCUCUUGAGAAAGUAUAUCUUUAUAAAAAACUGCAGGAUAAAAACAAGUUUUAUUUAAAAAAGAUCAAAGUUUUGCAACAGAAGGUUCGACGAAGCAAAUCAUGGAUUAUCUCUUUGAAGGCAAUUCUUGAUUUACUCAAAAAAAACAAUCUAUCGGAAACGGAACAACUACAAAUAUUACGAAAUUAUUUAUAUAAAUGUACGUAUAAUAAACAAUAAAAUUGAUAA